AUGAAUCUCAAAUUAAUAUUCUAUAAGAAGUCAAAUUAAGAUAAUCUAAAAGAUCUCCUACAUAAUAAUAAUAAUAAUAAUAAAUUACUACUUCAACUACUAAUAUACAAUAAUAAUAACCAUGUGUUUAAACUACAAGUUAUGUUUAAUAGAGUAUACACUUAAAUAUAAAAAUGUAAUCUAAAUUUAAUUCUUAUCUCAAUAGAUUUUAAUAAAAACUUAUAUACUUGAUUUUUGAGAUAUAUAUAUAUAAUUAAAUAAUUAUACAACUUCCAAAAUUUAUUAAUCAUCUUCAUAAAAUCUACCAUCACCUACUCUCAUUUCUUAGAAUUAUUAAUUCUAACCUAUUUACAAUAGUUCAACGACAACAAAAAAGUAAGUGAUUAUUUCUAAUGAUGUUGAAAAGUGAUAUAAAUAUCUAAUCUAGAAAUUUGUAUCCAAAAGAAGAUAAUAUAUCUUUAUAAAUUGUUUAUAGAAUUGGAUCUAGAGAUUAUACAAAUUAUUAAGCUCCUUAAAUAAUUGUAUCAUAAUACAAACCAAUUAAUUGA